GCAGACGUUCGAGUGCUGUUCGAGGAUCACCACGAGCGUGUUUUUUGAUAAAGAUGUCGUGUAGCGAGUGUCGAUUAUUUGAUAGUUUGGUGGAAUAAUUAGAAGAGCAGAAUGCAACUGCAGCGGUUGUUGGUAAUUCUAGGAGUUCUUUUAGUAUUGUCCUUGCUGGUAUGCUGUCAAUCUGCUAGCAAAGUUACAUUUCAAGAUGGCAUUUCUGAACAACAAGCAAAAAAGCAAGAAAAUUUUGAAGAAACUUCAUCGCAACAGAGAGGAUUUAAUCCUGUUCAACAUGUAGAAGAUCUAUUCCAUUAUAUCGGUCUUGGAACUGGGCGAAAUGUCGAUCCAUACUUGGCAAAAGUUAAUGAACGUUGUAUAACCGGCGAUUUAGCUGAAUGUUUCAAAUCUCAAGCGUUAAAUUAUUUUUCGGACUUCUUCGAUCAUGCCGAAUAUUCUUUAAGUGAUUAUGUCCGAGUUAAACGAAUGUCUGAUCGAGUGGUAACGGAAAUAAAUCAUCAGCCAUACGAAUAUUCUAACGAACCUAGAUCUAGUGAAACAGAAUGGGAUCAAAUGAUCAACUUUGUAAAAAGGAAGGUGGAAAGAUUUGUCAAGACAAUGUCCUUUGAAUUGACUAUACCUGAUACAGAGACUGGUCGCAAUGGUUCAUAUGAGCCAAGAUUUCUAGAUGAAAUUGCUGAUGAGAUCGAUACACUUGAGAAUAAGAAGGAUACAUUAUUUUCUCGUCAUCAAUUCAGGAAGCUUUUAAUACCGGUUUUGCUUGUUUUAAAGCUUUUCAAAUUAAAGAUACUACUCUUCUUGCCUUUGAUUUUGGGAUUAGCUUCGUUUAAGAAGUUCCUUGGAUUCCUGGCAAUCGUCAUACCUGGUCUAAUAGGUUUCUUUAAACUUUACAAACCGUACCAAAGUUAUUACCCGCCAGUUUAUACCAAAAACGGCAUUGCGCACCCUCAUUACGGAGUACAACCGGAUAUUGAUUAUCAAGGUCAUUAUGGAAAUGCAGAAUCUUAUGGUCAAGAUUUGGCAUACCGUGGAUAUCAACAUUAUAAAUCAUAAAUAAUUGACUUAUUUAUCAGAAAGCAGAUAAUAAUUAAAUUAAAAGCCGAAUUUUUAUACAGUUAUAAAAGUUAUUUAUAAAUACGAC